AUGGAGACCUCGAAGAUUUUGAAGUGUUUGUUUUCAGUAGUUCUUUUGAUUUCAUCCUUUCAUGUGUCACCAUGUGUUUCUUUUACUUCAUUUGUGUUUGGCGACUCGUUGGUUGAUGCGGGAAACAAUGACUAUCUCUUCACUCUCUCAAAGGCUGAUUCACCUCCUUAUGGCAUCGAUUUCAAGCCGUCUGGAGGUCGACCCACUGGAAGAUUCACCAAUGGACGAACAAUAUCAGACAUUAUAGGUCAAUCUCUUGGAGCCAAAUCGUUUCCACCACCUUAUCUAGCCCCAAACACUCGGGCUGCUGAUGCCAUUCUCAGGGGAAUAAAUUAUGCUUCUGGAGCUUCAGGAAUUUUGGAUAAAACUGGAUUUUUAUUCAUAGGAAGAGUUCCAUUACGAGAACAAGUAAAUUAUUUCGAGCAAAGCAGAAAUUAUAUGGUGAAUGUUAUGGGCGAAAAUCGUACCAAGGAGUUCCUUAAGAAGGCGAUAUUUUCUCUUACAAUUGGGUCCAACGAUAUACUCAACUACAUCCAACCAUCAAUAACAUUUUUUUUCGGUGAAAAGACUUCUAAAACGACGUUACAGGAUUUCAUGGUUUCAAACUUGACAAUUCAUCUUCAGAGACUCCACGAAUUAGGUGCUAGAAAAUUUGUUGUUGUGGGGGUUGGACCUCUGGGUUGCAUUCCAUUUGUUCGUGCACUCAAGCUACUUCCAAGUGAACAAUGCUGGACUAAAGUGAAUGAAUUAGUCCAAGGAUACAAUAAUAAACUAAAAGAGGAGCUCACUCGGUUAAAUCAAGAGAUGGGACCUGAAGCUAUCUUUGUAUAUGCAAACUCUUAUGAUGUUUUCAGCAGUAUCAUAAUUAAUUAUAGACAAUAUGGAUUUGAGAAUGCUGAUCAACCAUGUUGCGGUGGAUACUUUCCUCCAUUUGUUUGCUUUAAACGGAAUGAUCAAAACGACACUUCUGUUUUGUGUGAUGACCGAUCAAAGUAUGUGUUUUGGGAUGCAUAUCAUCCCACAGAAGCUGCAAAUAUCAUUAUUGCAGGAAAGUUACUCGAUGGUGAUGAAAGCAUUAGCUUUCCGAUCAACAUUCGUGAGCUUUACAAUUAUAAUUUAUAG